GCACUUGCCUUUUCUCUCCACACCUUUCCUAUUGCUUGCCUUCUCCAUUUUCUGCACACACUAUCCUGGGAUAUCAACGCAGCAUCCCGGACUUGUAGCGCAACAAAAUAUACCACACACAUACGCUAGACGGAGAGUUUAACUGAGACCCAGACAACGGAUCAUGGAUAGCGGACUCGAACUGCAGCUCAAGAAGCUGCGCAACCAAAUCAACUCGAAGGCCCCACACCAGCAGCAGCAUGCGGCAACGCUGUUGGCGGUCGAGGAAACAUUAAAAGAGCGGAAGGCGCCGAUGGAGCCCGCAAGUUACUUCGCGGCCCUACUGACGCUGCUGGAGCAGCAGGCUGGCACAUCGUCCAAGGGCCUGUCCAGCGCAAUCAUCUACUUGCUCAGCAUCAUUCUGCCACAUGUGUCACACAACACGCUGCGGGCCAAGUUUACGACGAUGAUGGCUGUCCUGUCGCAGUCUCUGGACCUGGGCUCUGCCGAUGUCGCACUGCUGCGGGCCGUGAUCUCGUGCCUGGAGUCGGUGCUGACAGCUCAGGACGCCGGGUCGUGGGGUCAGCCGAUUGCGCUUGGCUCGUUCCAGUCGCUGCUGGCACUGGCCACUGACAGCAAGCCCAAGAUCCGCAAGCGUGCUCAGGAAGCUGUGGUGAAGCUGCUGGCGCAUGUGCCACCCCCAGCCACCGUGCACCCUGCUGCUCACACUGUGGCGAAGUUUGUGCUCACCACCCUGGGGAACGCCAAGGCCGACACGCAGGCGGCGAUGCACACGCUGCAGCUUGUCAAGGCAGUUGAUCUGGCCUGGCCGGCGGAGGAGUUCCGUGAGCUGUGCUCAGUGCUGAUGCAGCUGCCCAAGCUCAACACGCCCUUCAUCACCACUCUAUCGUUCCAGGCGCUGGAGUCGGCAUUCUCGAGCGCUGCGGCUGCUCUGGACGAGGAUCAGUUCCGCGACCUGCUGGCCGAGGUCAUUGACAUCAAGCCGAACAUUGGCGAUGCGCUGGUCAGCGACGCGUGGCUCAAGAUCGUGCAGAAGGGAUACAUCUCCUACGCACAGAUCAGCCCCAUCGUGUGCUUCCAGUCGCUGCCCGAGCUCAUUGACCUGAUCCUUCCCGACAUCGAGCUUGGCAAGCCCAGCACGCGCGAAGCUGCGACGCAGUGCAUUUGGGCGCUGCUGCGCGAGUGCAUUCCGGACAGCAUGCUUGAGUCGCCAGAGGUUGAGCGGAUCGUCAAGAUUCUGUCAUCAGGCGUGUCUUACCGCUACCGCGAGUCGUGGACGCUGAUGUUUUUGCUGCUCGCGGCGCUGUUCCAGAGGCUCGGGUCCGUCGCGCACCCGGUUAUGGACAGCAUUCUGCUGGAGAUCUCGAACAUGCGCAUGGAGCCCGAGUUUGAGCUCAAGAGCGAGGCCGACGCUGUCUUGGGUGCUGCUGUGCGUGCCAUUGGCCCUGCGGCUUUCCUGCAGGUUCUCCCGCUGAACCUGACGGCCGACCAGCGCUCCGGACCUGCCGGCCGCGCCUGGCUGCUGCCGCUGAUGAAGAGCCAUAUCCGCGAUGCACCCCUGGCCUACUUUGUGCAGAACAUGCUGCCACUGGCCGACGAUCUGGCGGCCCAGUCGCUGCGGUUCAGCUCGCAGGGCCGCGAGAUCGAGUCGAAGGUAUUUGGCGCUCUGUCACAGCAGGUGUGGGGUCUGCUGGGCGGCUUCUGCAAUGUGCCCAGCGACGUGGUGCAGUCGUUCUCUGUGGAUUUUGCUGCGCGCCUUGCUUCCGAGAUGUUUGAGUCGGUAGAGGUCCGCCCAGCCAUCUGUGGUGCCCUGCAGACGCUUGUAUCUGCUGUGCACGGCCUCGCACACUCUGACGCCGACGUUGCCAAUGCUCCGCUGACCAAGCAGCAGGCACUGGCUGCAGAGCAGCAUCUGGCCCAGUUUGCACCAGACUACCUGUCUCAGCUGUUCAAUGUCUUUGCUCUGUCGCCGGGCGCCAGCCGCGGCUAUCUGGUCGAGACAAUUGUUGCGUUCCUGUCGAUCAUCACUCCGGCUGAGGUCAACGCGACCUUUGUCAAGGUGUGCUCGAUGCUGGACGAGGCGCUGAAGACCCACAAGCCGCCUGCUGCUAGCGAACUGACCGAGCGCUACCUGGAGGCACACCCACCUCCAACAGCGCACACAAUGAUGGACCUGGCCAUUGUCAUGGCGCCGUACUUGGACGCUGAGCGCACGCAGAUGCUGGUGCAGGCGUCGUUCCUGCUGCUCAAGCAGGCCGAGGACACCGUGCUGCAGAAGAAGGGGUACAAGGCCGUCUAUAAGCUGGCGAGCCAGGAGCAGGGGUCGGCUGCCCGGCAGACUGUCGAGUCGAUCAUGUCCGAUGCACUGAUUCCGGCGCUGAUCGAAUCGGCCGAGUCGGUGGCCAUGGCGUCGCGCCGUGACCGUCUGGCGCUGGUGUCGGUGCUCGCUGAUGGUCUGAACAACGACCAGCUGCACUUUAUCCCGGCGCUCCUGUCGGAGGCUAUCCUGGGCACCAAGGAGGGCGGCGUGAUCAGCAUGGCAGCCAUGGGCAGCGAGGGCGAGACGCAGCAGGCCUCCACUGAGGAGUUCUUCAAGAUGAUCGCAGCCGGCCUGGCGGCACAGACUCCGCAUAUGAUCAGCGCCACGAUCGCAGCCCUCUCGCGCGCCUUGUUCGAGUUCCACUCGCAGCUGCAGACCAGCUUUGUGCUCGAGAUCCUGGGCACGGUCCUGAUGUUUGUGACGCACAACAACCGCGAAAUUGCAAAGUCAUCGCUGGGCUUUGUCAAGGUCGCCUCAGUGAUCCUGCCCAAGGACCUGCUGGAACAGCAUCUGGAGGAGAUUGUGCAGAGCAUUCUGAAGUGGUCACACGAGUACAAGAACCAGAUGCGCCUCAAGUGCCGCCAUAUUCUCGAUCGCCUUGUGCGCCGCGUCGGCCUCGAUGCUGUCGACCGGGUCACGCCUGAGGAGCACAAGAAGCUGAUCGCCAACAUGCGCAAGCGCCAGGUGCGUGCCAAGCGCGCCAAGGAGCCGGGCACACAAACUGCUGACACCGGCGACGUCUCGGCGGCGGCUGCUGCGACUGCGACUGCGACUGCCAGCGAGCCGGCCAAGAAGUCGUUCGGUAAUGCGUAUGAAGAUGCGCUGUACGGUAGCGAGAGCGAGCUGGACGACUCGGACGACGAGCCGGCGCAGAAGGCUAAGCGCCAGAGCAACCUGAGCCGCAAGCAGCAGAUCCGCGAUGCCAACGCUGCUGAGUCGCGCCAGAAGAACAAGGGCGGUGCGUGGAUCCGCGAGGACGCCGAGGGACCGCUCGACUUCCUCGACCGCACAGCCUUCACGCACUUUGCAUUCACCAACCCGGCUGGCAAGCAGAAGCGCGAGCGCGCUGCGCCGAAGAUGGAAGGCGGCAAGUUUGUGUUUGAGGACCCCGAGGACCUGGCCAAGCUCAAGGAGGCGGCGGCUGCUGCGGCGGCAGCCAACCCUGACGAGGCGCAGGGCGAGGACUACUACCUGCAGUCGAUUACGUCCAAGGACGGAUUCACGCGCACGGCCAGUGGCAAGAUCAAGUUCCACAAGCGCAAGGCUGGCGACGAGAAUGACGACGUUGAGAUGGAGAGCGGCGAUGAGGAGGCUGCGAAGACGCCGAUGGGCAAGCGCAGCAAGACCAACGCGGGUGCUGCUGUGGGCAGGGAGUUCCGCUCGAAGAAGGCCAAGGGCGAUGUCAAGCGCGGAAAUGUCGAUCCGUAUGCAUAUGUGCCGCUGAACCCCAAGUCCAUGAAGAAGGGCGGGGUCAGCAUCAAGGGCAACUCGAAGAAGGACAAGCGGGACGCGCCGCAAGUGAGAGAUGCAUUUCCGUUCUAUAUAAACUUGUUUCAACCUUCUUCCAUUCGGGAGAGAUGUGCAGUGCUUCUCGGAAUGAUCUGCACAUGUGCGGACUAG